AAGUAACGGGCUUCGUUCUGACAUUUUUCAUCCGCGUAUGUCAUCACACUUGUACUUAGUCAUCCCUUGAGCACUCUUCAAAGGUCAUUCUCGAUUGCGGAUGACUAAAGCAGAUCCCUGGGGGCAUUCCGGCAUCAGAUGCUGGGACAAACCUCUAGAAGGAGUCACUGCCUUUCCCCCGUGGGAACUCACGACCACACUCGGCAGGGCUUGUCAACCUGUCGCCUCACCAGGGUGACCGCUGGAUAAACUACAGCAGAUCUGCAGCAGAGCCGGGAUUCGAAUCCGAGCCAACGCGGGGUCACUUAGGGAAGUCCCUCCGGUUGUCCCCGCGUCCCCGCGUCCGGGCGUCCCCGGGGCUUUCGGGAACUACUGCCUUCGGCCAGAACGCCCACGGGGAUGUUUGAGCCCCGGCUCGCCGGGAGCGGAGCGGAGCGUGGGCUCGCUGGUUCCUUUCCAGACGCACAGCUGGGCGCCUUCCUGGCCUUUGACCCCUGCCCCAGAGUUCACGGGUCAGUCCCAGCCUUGGCGGGAAGCUAUGGACAGCUCCCGGGAGCGGCCCGCCUCCUCCCUUCCUGCCAGUCGUAAAGUGCUGUAAAGGGCCCUGCGCUUUACGGCACCGUAGUCUCCCUGUCCCUGGAGUUCGAAAUGCUUUACCUGAUCGGCUUGGGCCUGGGAGAUGCCAAGGACAUCACAGUCAAGGGCCUGGAAGUUGUGAGGCGCUGCAGUCGAGUGUAUCUGGAAGCCUACACCUCAGUCUUGACUGUAGGGAAGGAAGCCCUGGAAGAGUUUUAUGGAAGAAAAUUGAUUCUUGCUGACAGGGAAGAAGUGGAACAAGAAGCAGAUAAUAUUUUGAAGGAUGCUGAUGUCAGCGAUGUUGCGUUUCUUGUGGUUGGUGAUCCAUUUGGGGCUACAACACACAGUGAUCUUGUUCUGAGAGCAACAAAGUUGGGAAUCCCUUAUCAAGUUAUUCACAAUGCCUCUAUAAUGAAUGCUGUAGGCUGCUGUGGUUUACAGUUGUACAAGUUUGGAGAAACAGUUUCUAUUGUGUUUUGGACGGACACUUGGAGACCAGAGAGCUUCUUUGACAGAGUGAAGAAGAACAGACAAAAUGGCAUGCACACAUUGUGUUUGCUUGAUAUCAAAGUGAAGGAGCAGUCCCUGGAAAAUCUCAUGAGGGGAAGGAAGAUCUAUGAACCUCCUCGAUACAUGAGUGUAAACCAGGCAGCCCAGCAGCUUCUAGAAAUUGUUCAGAAUCAGAGAGCACGCGGGGAAGAACCAGCAGUCACUGAGGAGACACUCUGUGUUGGCUUGGCCAGAGUUGGCGCUGAAGACCAGAAAAUUGCAGCGGGCACUUUACAGCAGAUGUGUACAGUGGACUUGGGAGAACCAUUGCAUUCUUUGGUCAUCACAGGGGGCACCCUGCACCCACUGGAGAUGGAAAUGCUAAGUCUUUUCUCUAUAUCGGAAUCCCAAAGUAUUAAUGGACUCUGAACAUGGACAUUUUCUGUUGUCUCACGUUAGUUUCAGUUCGAUUGGGUGUGCGGUAUUUAUAUGGCAAAUGGCAUGGGUCUGUCCUUUAUCUAGAAAGUGUAACAGAAGGGACAAGAGGAGGCACUUGGACCCAGCAGCAUUGGCUUUCCCGCAGCAGUUCUUCCGCCUUUCAUCAGCAUUACUGUUGCGGCAUCGGCGGGCUACUCUCCAGGGUGGACACACAUGGAGCAGAUGAAGCCGGGCAAGUGUGGCUGGACAUCCACACAGUGAAAAGAUUUUCAUAGACGGAACCCGUCAAUGCAAGGAGGCUGGUACAAGAGUAACUGAGGAAACUGGAAUGUGAAUCACCUGAACCCGAUUGUUAAGGGAUAAAGAAGCAGGGAGUAGUAAGUACAGCAAAUAAAAGCUUGCUAACUAUUCA